CGUGGACGCAACACCUCCCACAGCUGUAAAGUACACAUCAAUCUCCAACAUUAUUACCCAUAGACUCACAGAUAUUCUUAAGAUUAUAAUUGCCGCUUUUCAGCUGUAUAUUUGUUGCAAUUCUUGCCUAACCCUUUUUUUAAACCUCUUUUCUUUAGUGAGCUCGUCAAUAUGUUUUGUAACAUUAUCUGCCAUCCACCGCUUGGACGACCGACGUUUGUAGCUCCUGAGCAGGAGAAAGUGAGCUUCAAUGUUGUUGUAGAAGCCAGCGAAUCAGCAAGGCAUGAGAAGUGGGAACUUGCUUUGUGGCAUAGUACCGGACCGGGAAAUGACUGGCAAGCUUUGACACUUGAAGAGACAACAGAGGCACCACUUUUGGCUGAAUCACAUGGCCAGGAAAACAGCUUUCACAGGAAAUACUUCAAUGGCCAGAUUGAGGUACCCUCUGGACCUGCUGGCCCUCUUCAAUUUACCAUCAAAUUCAAAACCAGCCCCGAGUGUAAUUGGAAGUGGGUGAACGAUCAAGCGUCUCCAGCUCCUGGCGAUGGAGCUGUACACAGGCAAGGCACUCGAUUGUCAGCUGAUAUAUCAGCCUAUUUCCAAGGCAGCGAUCAUUCUCUCAGCAUAUCCUCUGUCGCAAGCGAAGCUCCGGAAACUAGUCUUUGGGCCGUCUCAGCAAAAGUGGAUGCCGCAAAAGGACAUCAGCCCGGCAGAAGAGUGGUCAAACUAGGUCUUCCGCGAGAUGUGGUCCGUUGGUUUGCUCUCAUUCAAGAUUGGAGCCCAUGGCUUGCGCCGCGCCAAGGAAAGGCGAAGUACUCUGCAGACAAAGAUGGCAUCUUGUGCUCUUUCUUACGGAAGGAUGGACUUCAUCUCGUUGUGCUUGGAAUAAGUGGAGUGGAUCACCAUCUUGUUCUACUUCGACCAGAUGAAGAUGGAAAUGUUCUGAUAUCUGCAAGGAACGAUGGAGCCGAGAAUGGCACGGCUCGAGUUGCUGUUGCUGUCGGUCGUUCCUUUGACAAAGCCAUGGCAGCGGCCAUGUACCAUGCACGACGAGUUGUGGGAGUUCCUGUUGUAUCUGCUGGACCAACGACCCCCGCUGAGCCUCUGGCCGUUGACAAUGGCGUCAAGCCUGAAUGGUUUCAAGAAUGGUUUGAUGGACUUACUUACUGCACCUGGAAUGGACUUGGCCAGAAUUUGACGGAGGAUAAGAUUCUCAAUGUCUUAGAAGGUCUAGACAAGGACAACAUUAAAGUGACCAAUUUGAUUAUUGAUGACAACUGGCAGACUCUGGAUAAACCCGAUCAAAGUCAAUUCCUACGGGGCUGGUCAGACUUUGAUGCAAACAAGGAAGGCUUUCCAGGUGGUUUAAAAGGUUGUGUUUCUCAGAUCCGCCAGAAAUACAAGAAUAUUCUCCAUGUAGCUGUGUGGCAUGCCUUGCUUGGUUAUUGGGGCGCCGUGGCACCUGAAGGCCAGAUCGCUCGUCGGUACAAAACAUGCGACGUGCCCAUGACAAGGCGGGAUGACCAUGUCACAUUACGGGUCGUCGAUGCUGAGGAUGUCCAUAAGCUCUAUAAUGACUUUUAUAGCUUUCUUUCGAAUGCUGGCAUUGAUUCUGUCAAGACAGACGUCCAGUAUGCCAUUAACGAUAUGGACAAUGCCGAUGACAGAAGCCGACUGCUUAAGGCUUAUCAAGAUGCGUGGUACAUCAAUAUACUUCGAUAUUUCUCAGCCAGAGCGAUUUCCUGCAUGUCUCAAACGCCAGAGAUUAUGUUUCGCUCUCAACUUUCGGGAAACAGGCCAUAUGUGAUCCUUCGAAACACUGACGACUUCUUCCCCGAAGUACCCGAAUCUCACCCGUGGCAUCUUUUCUGCAACGCUCAUAACGCAUUAUUUACCCAGUACCUCAACGUGCUUCCAGAUUGGGACAUGUUUCAGACAGCACAUCCUUGGGGUGCCUAUCAUGCAGCAGGACGUUGUGUCUCGGGCGGGCCUGUCUAUAUCACCGAUGUGCCUGGCAAGCACGACACCAAACUAAUUCGCCAGAUGACGGCACAGACCCCUAGAGGGUCGACCGUGAUUCUCCGGCCUCAUUUGGCUGGAAAGACCAUCGAGCCUUAUUCCCUGUAUCAGGAAGAGCAUCUGCUCAGAGUAUCGAAUUACGUUGGCAUGCAAGGGACUGGGACCGGGAUUCUGGGUGUGUUCAACGUGACCCAGCACCCACUCACCGAGCUGCUAUCUUUGGGAGAUUUCCCCGGCACCGAAAAAGGGCUAUAUAUCGUUCGGUCUCAUUGCACUGGAGUUGUCAGCAAGCCCCUCUCAAGAGAUGAUAAGACUCCCCUUGUGACAGUCAGCCUGCCAAGAGGGGGCUGGGAUAUCUUUUCUGCGUGCCCGCUGCAGCCCGUCAAAGUCCGGACCAAGGACCGAAAGGGCGUCAAGACUACCGCCAUAACAAAUUUUGGUUUACUGGGCAAAAUGACUGGUUCUGCCGCAAUCAUCCGCUCAGACAUGAAUUUUGAAGAGAACGGUCGACUAAGAGUGUGGACCUCACUUAAGGGGCUUGGUACUCUCGGGUUCUACGUCUCCGGAUUAUCUGGCUUCUCCAUCCGGGAUGAUUUCAUGGUAUUGAUCCUUGGUAGGGCAAUCCCCGCCCAUACCGUCAAGGCGGAUGUGACCACGAAUGUCUUGGAAAUCGAUGUGGAAAAGGCAUGGACCGAGAUGGGCUUGAGCAGCGGCUGGAGCAAUGAGGUCGGAGUUGAAAUGUUCAUUCGUUAAGUCCAUUUACCAGGAACAGCCAGACGCUGCUAGGUCCGCACAUUACAUGAAUAUUUCAUUACAUGACUUGGCUGUACAUAGGCCAAGGCCCUUAUAUAGAAGCUCCUUUGAUCCAGUGUUCACAAAUUAAUAUGAUGCUGCCAUCCGUUCAUGGCUGGUGUUUUAAUUGCAACCGCCC